AGUGCCCGCGGGGGCGGCCAGGGGUCAGGGCGCUGCAGGCAGGACCGGCCAUGGCGGCGCUGCGGCUGCUGUACCGGGCUUCCCGCGCAGGCCCCCCGGUCCCGCUGCGCCUGCUCAGCACCAGCACCCCCAGGGACUGCUACAAGUACGUCAACGUGCAGGAGCAGCCCAUGGACAUGCGCUCCAUCACCGACCGCGCCGCACAGACCCUGCUCUGGACCGAGCUCGUCCGAGGCCUGGCCAUGACCCUGAGCUACCUGUUCCGGGAGCCGGCCACCAUCAACUACCCGUUCGAGAAGGGCCCGCUGAGCCCGCGGUUCCGCGGGGAGCACGCGCUGCGCCGCUACCCGUCCGGGGAGGAGCGCUGCAUCGCCUGCAAGCUCUGCGAGGCCGUGUGCCCGGCACAGGCCAUCACCAUCGAGGCCGAGCCCCGCGCCGACGGCAGCCGCCGCACCACCCGCUACGACAUCGACAUGACCAAGUGCAUCUACUGCGGGUUCUGCCAGGAGGCCUGUCCCGUGGAUGCCAUCGUGGAGGGUCCCAACUUUGAGUUUUCGACGGAGACGCACGAGGAGCUGCUCUACAACAAGGAGAAGCUGCUCAACAACGGCGACAAGUGGGAGGCCGAGAUCGCGGCCAACAUCCAGGCCGAUUACCUGUACCGGUGACGGCCCCCCCUGGCACCCACCCACCACCGAAUAAAGGGUCUGGGGGUUCACCCGUCACCGGGGGCACCGACCCCUUCCCGACCCACA